GCUAGGAGCCUGCGCUCAGGAAACAGAGGUGGAACUGCCUGUGUAGAGAAGGGAGCAGGAAAUGUUAAUGCAGAAUUGCCGGGGUUUAAUGCUAGAGAGGUUUAACACUAAACAAGGGGAAAUUUGCUCCUUAUGGAGUGAGAAAAUAAAAGCUGAAAGUGAACAUAGUGAUAUAUAUAGUGAGGCUGUGAGAGCUGUGGGGGCACGGUGUGAGAUGUAUGGAGCAGCUCAGCAGGCGCAGUAUUAUAUGUUCAGGCUUCUGGGCAGCUUCAGUAUGAUGUAUUAUGAUAUAAAUACAGGGUUUCUUGGGAGUGCGGGGUGAUUUCUUUGCUCUCUAUUAUGUGUAAAAAGUGAAUGGUGAAGGCAGUGUGAUAUAUAUAGAUAGAUAGAUAGAUAGAUAUAGAGAGAGAGGACUGCUGGCUUUAUUUCCACAGGCUUUUUACUCUUCAGUCCGCAUUUAUUAGUGUGAAAGUCAAGAUACUGAUCUGGGUAGGAAGCCAUGUGCUGUCAAGGAAAAUUCUUGGGACCCUGGCCCUGACAACAUUAUUGUUUUCUGGCUUCAAUGUCUGUCUUUCCAUCCAAGAAUUAAGAUGGGCCAGCAUCUGAGCGAGGAAUCAAGCAAAGUGGAGAUUGAUGUGGCGGAGCUUCAGGAAUGGUACAAGAAGUUUGUGGUGGAAUGCCCCAGUGGGACUCUAUUUAUGCACGAGUUCAAGCGCUUUUUUGGGGUGGCAGACAACCAAGAAGCAGCCGAUUAUGUUGAGCACAUGUUCAGAGCCUUUGACAAAAAUGGGGAUAACACUAUAGAUUUUUUGGAAUACGUAGCAGCUUUGAAUCUUGUUUUAAGAGGAAAAUUAGAGCACAAGCUGAAAUGGACAUUUAAAGUGUACGACAGAGAUGGAAAUGGCUGCAUAGACAAGGCAGAACUGCUAGAAAUAGUCGAGUCUAUCUAUAACUUGAAGAAAGUCUGUCGUCGAGGACAAGACGAACGAACACCCUUGCUUUCUCCAGAAGAGGUGGUAGAGAGGAUAUUCCAGUUAGUGGAUGAAAAUGGAGAUGGCCAGCUGUCCUUAGAUGAGUUUGUGGAUGGAGCACGCAAAGACAAAUGGGUGAUGAAGAUGCUUCAGAUGGAUGUGGGCCCAGGAAGCUGGAUUACUGAACAGAGAAGGAAAAGUGCUCUCUUUUAAUAGUGUGUGGGCUUUCUGUUUCACUUAAGUGAUGAAACUCUUCAAGGAAAACAGAGAUGCCAAACUGGACAUUAAUGUGAGGGAUUGAGAGAUAAAGUGAGAGAUAACAGUUGAGAGAUAAAGUGGAAUCUGUCAAAGCAUGCAUUUAGGAAACUAUGCACAAAAUAAUGUAUCUGCAUCUAAAGUUAAUGUUUAUAGUGUUUUUAGAUACAGUAGUUGAAAUUUGAUAUGGUUGAUUAUUACAUAUUUGUACUCUAGCAUUUUUUUAUUGUAAAUAUAGAUGUUUAUGGCUAGUGGUCACUAGAUUUGAUUAGCUUGUACAUUAGUAAAUAACACUUGUAAUACAUAGUAGGCCAACCGCAUCCUUCUCAGAGAAAUGUUACUUUUAAUAAGCUUAGGCAGGGGUUUGGCCAGUCUGUGUAUAGUAUGAAAAUAUAUGCCUUCAGGUUAGGGUUGCUGUCAUCUUUUUGGCUUCCUAUACAGUUUAUAGGAAAAACUUGGACACAGCAAAGCUACAUAGAAUAUUUAUUAAUUAGGACAUCACUUACAUACAUUUAAAAAAAAUUGCUUUAAAAACGUUAAAAAGUAAAGACAUAUUUCAUUUUCAUAUUUGCCAAACCCUUCUAAACCAUUGUAGAUACCACUAAUACCAUAUACAGUAAAAAGCCUUGAUUUUGUUGCACUACCCCCUCCAUCCUCCCCCCUCCCCUUCGGUAGUUGUGCCUGCUACUCCCAGGUUUAACACUUUCUACUCCCAGGUGAUGGAAGUUGCAAAGAAGCCCUGUACAUGACACCUGUGCAGGUGCUGUUUGCACCCAUAAUAGUCUUGAGGUGCAAAUGGCUUCUAUAUGAGCCCUAGGAGGUGCAGUAUUUUGAAUCUUUACCAUUUCAGAACUUGCACCCUGCCCAUAUAAGAGAGCACUUACAGUCUUAUACUUGUAAUACAUUUAUUCUUGUUCCAAUGAAAUUACAGUGUUACAUUAAUUUCUGGGUGGCUGAGGUUCAAAAACAUAUAUGACCAUCUGGUCCAACCUUUUGCAUAACUAGUCAUAUCAAACUUGAAGUCAGUCAAGUCCCUAAGCUCUAUGGGCUUUUUAUUUUAAGGAUUUUAUAACAUUUUCAGGGUUAACUCCAAAGCAUGAUUCCUUAAAAUAUUUGCCCCAGUCUCAGAAAUAUUUAAGAACAAACACAACUUCCCAAAUCACGCAGAUAGCACAUCGGAGGGUUGUGUUUAACAUAACUCUAGAGCUACCAGCCCUUUCUCCACCUGCCUGCCCACUCACAUCCCCCAAUCCCAACCCACUCGUCCCGGGGUGGGUAAGCAGACCCUGUGGUCUGGCCUCCUCCCAGAUAGAGGAAGUAGACCUUGUGGUCGCCCCCUGUCUGCUUCCUCUAUCAUUACUCCACUGAUCCCACUAAUGUGCAGUAUACUGUAGAAAAUUCUUUUUACCUUGUAUAAUGAUAGAGAUGUGUUUUAAAAUGCCUUUGAGAAACAAUUGUUUCUGCUAUCAGGAUUAAGUAUCUAUUUAAGUCAGUGAUUCACUAAGAAAGACAUUUUUAAUAAACCCCCCUAUCCCAAACUUCACGUUAGAAAUGCCUUAGUUCCAUGGAAAACUGAUACUAAUCCAAUCUGAGCAGUUACCAAACUUGACUUCACCUCUAGGCAGGAUGUAAUCCAAUACCAAUGGAUUUCCGUUGAUCGGAUUUCUUAAGUGUCCUAAAUUAGAAAGCUAAGGAGCACGGCAGAGGCUAGAAAGGUCAAUGUGGCUGCCAAUUGUCAAGAACAUUUUUAAAUAAAUAUAAAUAUUAAAUA